CGAAGCAAGUGUCACCGCAACAUCAGCAGAUCCGCCCAAGGUCCCACUGGCGUUUUCCGCUUGAAGCUAUGUAGACCGGCGGGUAAGCGCCAGAUAACGGCGUCGGGAAAGCGCAAUUCGUUCUCCUUUGCCCGAUCGGGAUACCUCUCCCCAGACGAUGAAAGAGCCCCGCGCUACUAGCGUCAACACGACCACGACAUGUGGCCGAGAACGGGCCAAUGUGUCGCGAGUGACGAUAGUGCUGGAUAGUAUAAAGAUAGAUGCUGAAGGAGUCUUUGAAGAGUACUGCCAUCGCGCUCUAAUCCUUUGACCUCACAGUUCGAAAUUCGACACAAUGGCAGCAUCAAAGCCAUCCUAUCUGAUCGUCGGCGCCGGUGUCUUCGGAGUGUCCACCGCCUACCACCUUAUCAAGAAGUAUCCGGACCGCCAGAUCACAAUUCUCGAUCAAGACGCGUAUGAUGCAGAUAACCGCGUAGCUGCGUCUUGGGACUGGAAUAAGGUUGUGCGCGCUGAUUACGACGACAUUGUCUACACAGAGCUUGCUCUUGAAGCCCAGGAUGUUUUCACCGAUGAUCCUCUCUGGAAGCCAUACUUCCACCAAACUGGUAUCUUCUGGGUGUGCCGCUCAGAUUACGCCCAGGAUGUCAUCAACAACUACAAGAAGCUUGGUCGCACAGCAGACCUGCAGGCUGUUUCUGUCGAAGAGGCCAAGAAACUCUUCGGUGGGCUGUUUGAAGACGCCAACUACGACGGCGCGAAGGAGGUGCUCAUCAACAAGACAAGUGGAUGGUCAGAAGCUGGCAACGCGCUAAGAGCAGUCACCAAAUGGUCGAUGGAGAAGGGCGUCAAAUACGUCGUCGGCAAGGCCGAGAGCCUGGAAAUCGACAGCAACGGCACAUGUACCGGCGUGAAGACCGAAGAUGGCAAGACAUUAUCCGCCACCAAAGUUAUCCUAUCCACCGGCGCCUAUACCGCCACACUACUAGAGAAGGCCGCAAAGAAGAGCGGAAACAAAGCGCUUCGUGCUGAGCACAGAAUUGUCGCCGGCGGCAUCACCACGGGCAUGACCACCCUCGACGAUAAGUCGUACGCGCGCUUCAAGGACAUGCCUGUGGGUGUGCAGGGCUACACGGCCGAGUACGGGCCCUUCAUUGGCAGCCUGCCGCCCACCAAGGACCGCGAGCUCAAGUGGUGGGGCGAGAAGAUCUUCAAGAACACCCAUGAAGUGCUCCCCGGCAGUUUCAUCUCUGCGCCCCCAUCUGGGAAGGACUACAACCAGUGGGACGUCCCUGGGCCGCUGAAGCUCGACAUCGACCACGCGAACAAGGUCUUCUACGGCAAGAACGGCGCCAGUUGGAAGAUGGACAAGCACCGUAUCUGCUGGGACGCAUUCACAACAAGCUCCGACUUCAUCAUCUCGCCCCACGCCGCGGCGAAGGGCCUGUAUGUAGCCACAUGUGGUUCAUUCCACGGCUACAAGUUCUUCCCUGUGCUGGGUAAGUACGUUAUUCAGAUGCUCGAGGACGACCUGCGGCCCGAUCUGAAGGAGAAGUGGGCGUGGGACCGCGAGAGGCCUGCGCCGGCUCUCAACCCUGACUGGCCAAGGUUCGAGAUGAAGGACCUGUUGGACCAGUGGCCGAAGGCGAAGUUGUAGAAAGUAAACGUUCGAGUUGGGCAUGUGCAUUUAGCAUUGGCUGCGUGGCGUUCCGGUUCAUCACUCAGUCUACGAGUUAGAGAAACAAUGAGCAUAACAAUUAUCAAACAAUCAAAAA